ACAAGCAGUCUUACUGCUGCUCUGUACUUUUACUUAAAACCAGUUUUCAUUCAUUGGACGCCUUUUGCUCUCGGUGAAUCCAACCCAAAGCCAAGCAUGUCGAGGGAAAUAGAGAAUUUCAAGUUCGAGCACAGGCACGGGAAGGAUCGGGUGAGGGUGGGUAGGGCUUGGAGAAACAAAGACGGCCGCUAUUUCUUCGUGGAGUGGAACGUCAGCAUCAGCCUCCUCUCCGAUUGCCUCCCCGCCUAUGUCCUAGACGACAACUCCGACAUCGUCGCCACUGACACCAUGAAGAACACCGUAUAUGUGAAAGCAAAGGAAUGCUCAGAACAAAUUUCAAUGGAGGGCUUUGCAAUUCUACUUGCUAAGCACUUUACAUCAUUUUACCACCAGGUUACUGGUGCCAUAAUAAAGAUAGUGGAAAAGCCAUGGGAGCGUGUAUAUGUAGAUGGUCAAGAGCACGAACACGGUUUUAAACUCGGAUCUGAGAAGCAUACAACAGAAGUAUUUGUAAAGAAGUCUGGUGCAUUGCAGGUGACUUCUGGUAUUGAAGGGUUGGCUUUGCUGAAGACAACCAUGUCAGGUUUUGAGGGAUUUAUUAGGGAUAAAUACACGGCUCUUCCUGAAACACGAGAGAGAAUUCUGGCGACAGAGGUCACAGCAGCAUGGAGGUAUUCAUAUGAAUCUCUCUCUAGCAUCCCUCAGAAGCCAUAUUACUUCACAGACAGAUACCUCGAUGUGAAAAAAGUUCUGGUUGAAACUUUCUAUGGUCCUCCAAAACAGGGGGUAUACAGUCCAUCUGUUCAGAAUACGCUCCAUCACAUGGCAAAAAGUGUACUCAACAGGUUUCUUGACAUCUCAUCUGUCCAAUUGAAGAUGCCGAAUAUUCAUUUCCUACCUGUUAAUCUGAAAAACAAGGAUAAUGAAACAAUUGUAAAGUUUAAUGAUGAUGUGUAUUUACCAACGGACGAACCACAUGGAUCAAUUGAAGCUAGCUUGAGCCGCUUCUGGUCAAAGAUGUAGAAGUUGCAUGUUGUUUGAGCUUUUGCAUAAAUAAAGGCUCAGAUGUUUCUUGUACUGUUGUGCGUUAACUUGUACUGUUGCGCGUUAUCUCCCUUGUAAUAAAUCUCUUUUGCUUUAGUGGGGACACUGUUUUUGGACACCUGGUGCCAAUAAUAGAUAAAUAAAUAAAUCUCUUCUACUUACCAAUGAACUAAA